AUGGCCGACAUGAAUCAGGAAACUAUCCAGCAAAAGAUCCAGCUCGCCCGACGCGACGCUGAGGCGCUCAAGGACAGGAUAAAGCGCAAGAAGGAUGAGCUCGCUGACACCACCCUUCGCGAUGUUGCCAGAGACCGUGUCGAGGCCCUGCCGCGCCUCACCAUGAAGACGAAGCGGACGCUCAAGGGCCAUCUUGCCAAAAUCUACGCCAUGCACUGGUCGACGGACCGCAGACAUCUCGUGUCGGCUUCGCAGGACGGAAAGCUCAUCAUCUGGGACGCUUACACGACAAACAAGGUUCAUGCCAUCCCACUGCGCUCGUCCUGGGUCAUGACGUGCGCCUACUCGCCGUCUGGCAACUACGUGGCCUGCGGUGGUCUCGAUAACAUCUGCUCCAUCUACAACCUGUCGGCUAGGGAAGGACCAACGCGUGUCGCGCGCGAGCUGUCGGGCCACUCGGGAUACCUCAGUUGCUGCAGAUUCAUUUCUGACAAGCGCAUCCUCACAUCGUCUGGUGACAUGACCUGUGUGCUAUGGGAUCUCGAGACCGGCUCCAAGGUACACGAAUUCGCCGACCAUCUCGGCGACGUUAUGAGCUUGAGCAUCAACCCGCUCGACCACAACCAGUUCGUCUCUGGUGCUUGCGACGCUUUCGCCAAGCUCUGGGACAUCAGACAGCAAAAGUGCGUGCAGACCUUUGCGGCGCACGACUCCGACAUCAACGCUAUCCAAUUCUUCCCCAACGGUAACGCUUUCGGUACCGGUUCGGACGAUGCCUCUUGCCGUCUGUUUGAUAUCCGCGCCGACCGCGAACUCGCAUCAUACCAGAUUCCCGAACCAGUCUGCGGUAUCACAUCCGUAGCCUUCUCUGUUUCCGGAAGACUGCUGUUUGCAGGUUAUGACGACUUCGAGUGCAAGGUUUGGGACGUACUUCGCGGCGAACGUGUAGGCACAUUGCAAGGACACGACAACCGCGUCAGCUGUCUCGGCGUCAGCAACGACGCGCUCAGUCUAUGCACCGGUUCCUGGGACUCGAUGCUGCGCAUCUGGGCAUAA